GAAAAAGUUCUUCACCAACCCCACAUCUGACAGAUGGCUGAUCUCCAAAAUUUAUAAAGAACUCAAGAAACUAGAUAUCAAAAUACAAAAUAACACACUUGAAUGGGAUAUAGAAUUCAUAUAAACAAUGAAUUCUCACCAGAAGAAAUUAAAAUGGCCAAAAGACAUUUGAGGAACUGCUCAACAUUCUUAAUUAUCAGGAAAAUGCAAAUCUAAAUGACCCUGAGAUACCAACUUACACCUGUCAGAAUGACUAAUAUCAAAAAUAUAGAAGAGAGGUUAUGUUGGAGAGGAUGUGGAGUUGGGGAACACCCCUCAGCUGCUAGUGGGAGUUCAAACUUGUACAGCCAAUUUGGAAAUCAGUAUGGCAGUGUCUAAGAAAAUUGGGGAUCAAUCUACCUCAAGACCGCUACUGGGCAUUUAUCCAAAGUAUACUCAAUCAUACCACAUGUUCAUAGCAGCAUUCUUUUAAAUAACCAGAACUUGGAAACAACCUAGAUGCCCCUCAAAAAGGAUGGAUAAAGACAUUAUUGUACAUUUACACAAUGGAGUACUACUCAGCAGUAAAAAAUGAUGACCCCAUGAAACUUGUAGGCAAAUGAAUGAUACUAGAAAAAAAAACAUCCUGGUUGAGGUAACACAGAUUCAAAAGACAAAUACGCUCACAGAUGACUGCUGCAAAGAUUAAAGAAGCUUCCACAGGCUUGUUAAAGACAGACGUCACUACUCCAGACAGCCUGAAAGAUGUAGAAAUAGGUAAAAAAGUCCAAGGAAAAUGUCUGAGAAUCAUCUCUGCUGAGUCUCCUGCUAAGCUUUACUGCUGCUACGGAGUGAUCGCUGUCCUCACUGUAACUGUACUUUCACUUUCUGUUGCUUUGUCAUUGUCAGGGAGACCAGUCACUGAGAACAGUGGACCUUGCUAUGCUACCUGCCCAAAAGACUGGAUUGGAUUUGGAAAUAAAUGUUAUUAUUUUUCUGAAGAAAUGAGAAACUGGACAUUCAGCCAGACUUCCUGCAUGGCACUAGAGGCCCAUCUAGCUAUACAUGAGAGCCAGGAGGAGCUGAAUUUCCUGAAGAGAUACAAGGGACCUUCUGACCACUGGAUUGGCCUUCACAGGGAGUCACCCGAAGACCCUUGGAUGUGGACAGACAACACUGAAUAUAACAACUUGGUUCUCACCCAAGGUGGAGGAGAAUAUGCCUACCUGAAUGACAGCGGAAUCAGCAGUGCCAAGGACUACAUACAUAAGAAGUGGAUUUGUAGAAAGUCUAAAAUAUGUACUUCACAAUGCCCAGAAAUUUUAAAUCCAGGCUAGGGAAUGUGCCAAAGCAUGCAUGAGAAACAGAUGCUCUUUGACCUGUUAUAUACAGUUGCUACUCUACUCCUGAUCUGCUAAAAUUAUCUACAUCCAUCAAUAAUAUGUGUUGCCAAAAAGAUGGAAAUUUACUUAGAGGAUAACAGAUAUGGGAAGAGAGCAUGGAUGAUUCUGAAUUAUACAGACUUUUGGGUAUAAGCUAGUAUUCAUAUUCUUUUUUCUUUUGGUUUGUUUUGUUCUUUUUCAUUACUUUAUGUUUUACAUUCCAAUAUCAGUUCCCUAGUAUUCAUAUCUUAAAUCUGAAAUACAAUCAUGUCUGUAUUAGUGAACUACACUUUUAUGACAAGUUAUGAAUUUUUAUUAGUUCUUGAUUUGAAUGCAUGGGACAUAAAAUUGUAGGUUGGCUGAACCCAUGGAAAUGGUUCAAUAAUCACAAAAAGAUGAGGUUGGCCUGUGUCCUCCAAAUAAACAUGAUCAUCAUUUUUUUUUUUACAAAAUUCAAUGACCAAUAUGAAGGGAGAUCUAGACAAGAUCACAUUCUAUGGUUUAAUGCCAUUGUCAAAGGUUUUCAACUUUACUUCUUGGUGUUCUUUUUUAAUUAAAAUAGACUAAGAAUAUGUGAUAAGCAAAUGUAAUUUUAGUUUCCUAAUUUAACAUUUUGAGAGUUUCAUAUGUGAGUAUGCCAUUUGAAUUUUAUUCCUUGUUAGGCUCUUUUCAGAUCAGGAGACAAUUAAUUCCAGAACCUCCUUUAAAGCAUCUGAUGGCUAAUCUUGCCUUCAUUUACACUUGUUAAUUUUCAGGAACAAAAUAAUUUAAGUUUAUGGUCAUAUGCUAUACUGUACUGAGGAGUCCCAAAAAGGACGAAAUAACAGGUCACAAGCAUCUCUUCUUUUAACUCUGUUCUUUCUUUAUUGACAUUAUAUUAAACCUUCUCAUGCAUGCUAGGCAAACUGUGUACUACUGAUGUUUGACACUCUCUAGUUUUGUGAAGUUUGUUUUGUAACAAGGUUGCUAUGUAAUCCACAAAUGGCAAGAAUCGAGCUAUAAACUACCACAUAGGACAUAUCUUUACUCUUUACUAAAACAUGUGUUUGGGCUCUGUUAUAUGGCUCUGAAGGUAAAGUCACCGUCCACUAAGACUGAUAACCUGAGUUGGACACCUGGACUCAUGUGUUGGAAGUAGAAAACCUUCCACAGGAAGUUUGUCCUAUGACCUUUGUGCUGUAUAGAUACACAUUCACAAAUAAAUGAUAAAAUCAAAUAAAAAGUUAAUGUUCA